AUGACGACUCUUCCUGGUAUCCUCAAGGGUGCUGCCAUGUUGACGAACAUCAUUGGCUUCAUCUGCGUCAUGGUCUCUGAAUUAAACUAUGUCAGCCGAGCCAACUGGUUCAAUUUUGUUGCCAUGGGUGGCUUUUGGAUCACUGGGAUACUUCUUGUCUUCUAUCUGUUCCAUAUCAUUGAGAAGUUCUACAUGAUAAAUUGGCUGAAAAUUGAAUUUGGCUACUGUGCAUUGUGGAGUUUUUUCUACAUGACUGCAUCUAUUGCUGUUGCUGCAGGUGGCCUGGAGGCAUGGGCUGCUGCUGCUUUCUUUGGAUUCGUUGCCAUGGCUAUAUAUGGCUUUGAUGCAUACCUGAAAUUCAAAGGCUGGCGUUCUGGGCAGAUAGCUCAGGGAGAAAGGACAGUCGCUACUGCAUCAAGCACAAUGUCGGGUGAGACAUUGGAACAAGAAGGUUCCCUGACCCCAAAGUGUGAUAGCGACAAAUCGCCGACACCACGAACUACAAACUGGGGAAGGUUCUUGAAUUCAACGAAAGAGGCAACCCAAUCCAUAGAGACCCAGGAUGAUUCUGAGCCUGGGAAUGGAGAGAAGGUCCACGUGGUGAUCUGA